AUGCACAAACCUGGCGAUGUGGUUCUGGGUGGGCUGUUUGAGGUCCACUACACCUCUGUCUUCCCUGAGUGGACAUUUACCUCAGAGCCACAACAGCCCAGCUGUAAAGGCUUUGAUAUUCUAGGGUUCAGACAUGCCAUGACCAUGGCCUUUGCUAUUGAUGAGAUCAACAAGAACUCCAACCUGCUCCCUAAUUUGACUCUUGGAUACAGUCUUUAUGAUAACUGUGGUGCACUUAUUAUUGGAUUCAGUGGUGCACUAUCAUUGGCCAGUGGUCAAGUAGACCAGUUUCUGCUUCAGGACAAUUGUUUGGGGACCCCCCCAGUUCUGGGGAUUGUGGGUGAUCACUAUUCAACAUUCUCAAUCGCCAUUUCCAAUGUGCUAGGUUUAUACAAAAUACCAACUGUGAGUUAUUUUGCCACAUGUUCCUGCCUGAGCGAUCGGCAAAGGUUUCCAUCUUUCUUUAGAACAAUUCCAAGUGAUGCUUUUCAGGUGCGUGCUAUGAUUCAGAUUCUAAAACACUUUGGCUGGACAUGGGUAGGUCUGCUGGUCAGUGAUGAUGAUUAUGGACUCCAUGUUGCCCAGUCCUUGCAGUCUGACCUGGCUCAGUCUGGUGGAGGUUGUCUGGCCUACCUAGAGGUGUUGCCCUGGGACAGUGACCCAAGUGAACUCAAGAGGAUUGUAUAUUUGAUAAAGACAUCAACAGCACGGGUUGUCAUUGUGUUUGCACACGAGAUACACAUGAUUCAACUAAUGGAAGAGGUGGUGCGGCAGGAUGUGACAGGCCUGCAGUGGAUUGCAAGUGAAGCCUGGACAUCUGCUGCUGUGCUCCAGACCCCCCGAUUCAUGCCGUACCUGAGUGGGACACUGGGCAUUGCCAUCCGUCGAGGAGAAAUACCAGGACUCAGGGCAUUUCUGUUACAAAUACGUCCUGACCUACACCACAAUAAUAGCUAUGGAAAUAGUAUGGUGAGGCAGUUUUGGGAAUACACAUUUCAGUGUAGAUUUGCUCCACCUCCAGCAGGUUGGAUAGAAGCUGGAGGAGCAUUAUGCACUGGAGAUGAAGAUAUUGGAAAUGUUGAGACUGAGUUUUUGGAUCUUUCUAACCUCAGGCCAGAGUACAAUGUUUAUAAGGCUGUGUAUGCCCUGGCGUAUGCCCUUGAUAACAUACUUAAGUGUGAGCCAGGGAGAGGGCCUUUCAGCGGGCACAGCUGUGCUACAUUGAAAACACUGGAGCCAUGGCAGCUUGUACAUUAUUUGCAAAAGGUCAACUUCACCACAGCAUUUGGUGAUCAAGUGUCAUUUGAUGAGAAUGGUGAUGCCUCUCCAAUCUAUGAUAUCAUGAACUGGCUGUGGCUCCCUGAUGGACGAACUAAAGUUCAGAAUGUGGGUGAAGUUAAGAAAUUAGCCUUCAAAGAUGAAGAACUCACACUUGAUGAAGAUAAAAUCUUCUGGAACUCUGAAUCAAAAGAGCCCCCCCAGUCAGUUUGCAGUGAGAGCUGUCCUCCUGGUACCCGCAUGGCCAGAAAGAAGGGGGAACCUGAAUGUUGUUUUGACUGCAUCCCUUGUUCUGAUGGAAAGAUCAGCAAUAGUACUGACUCCAUGAAGUGCACCAGUUGUCCAGAGGAUUUCUGGUCCAACCCCCAGCGUGACCACUGUGUUCCUAAGAAAACAGAGUUCCUCUCCUACCAUGAGCCUCUGGGAAUUUGUUUGACAACAACUUCAUUGCUGGGCACAUUUAUCUGUGCUGUUGUUCUGGGCAUCUUCAUCUAUCAUCGCAGCACACCCAUGGUGCGUGCCAACAAUUCAGAACUCAGUUUCCUGCUCUUGGUGUCUCUUAAACUAUGUUUCCUGUGUUCACUGCUUUUUAUCGGUCGUCCCAGACUGUGGACAUGCCAGCUGAGACAUGCAGCAUUUGGGAUCAGCUUUGUGCUUUGUGUUUCAUGCAUCCUGGUUAAAACCAUGGUGGUUCUGGCUGUGUUCAAGGCCUCCAAGCCAGGAGGUGGAGCCAGUCUGAAGUGGUUUGGUGCUGUGCAGCAGAGAGGGACAGUUCUGGCGCUUACAUGCAUUCAAGCAGUAAUCUGUACUGCCUGGCUUGUCUCUGCCUCAACAGCUCCUCAUAAAAACACUGAAUACCACAAUGACAAGAUAGUUUAUGAGUGUGUUGUCGGGUCCACAGUUGGUUUUGCAGUGUUACUUGGUUAUAUUGGCUUCCUUGCUAUCCUCAGCUUCCUGUUAGCUUUUCUAGCAAGGAAUCUUCCAGACAACUUCAAUGAGGCAAAAUUCAUCACUUUCAGCAUGCUGAUCUUCUGUGCUGUGUGGGUGGCCUUUGUCCCUGCUUAUGUCAAUUCUCCGGGAAAGUAUGCAGAUGCAGUGGAGGUAUUUGCCAUCCUGGCCUCCAGUUUUGGCCUCUUGGUGGCGCUGUUUGGACCCAAAUGUUACAUUAUACUCCUGAGACCAGAGAAAAAUACAAAGAAAGCUAUUAUGGGUCGAGAAAAAAGGAAGGACAACGGUGGUGGAUUUAAGACUGGUGUGGACUACAGCCUGUUGAAGGUAGAGGCCCAUAGGACUUCCACCCACUCUUUGCGGCAGAGGAAAGUCAUGUGGACAUUGUUAGACACCUACUUGCUCAUGUUGUUGUAUUCCUGUUUUUCCCCUGCUGUGCCCUCCCCCCUCUAUUCCUCCUCUUGUCGAUUACAGGGACAGGUUCAUCUCAAUGGAAUGCACAAGGCUGGAGAUGUGGUUCUAGGUGGUCUAUUUGAAAUGAACUUCUUCUCUACCUAUUCUGAACUGUCUUAUACCUCAGAGCCACAACAGCCUACCUGCCAUGGGUUUGAUGUUCUAGGAUUCAAACAGGCCCAGACCAUGGCUUUUGCUAUUGAUGAGAUCAACAGAAACUCACACCUGCUACCUAAUGUGACUCUGGGAUACAGUCUGUAUGAUAACUGCAACAAACUAGGAAUUGGAUUCCGUGCAGCAUUGUCAUUAGCCAGUGGUCUAGAAGAGCAAGUUACAUUACAUGAGACCUGUGUAGGAACCCCUCCAGUCCUCGGGAUUGUGGGUGAUGAUUCCUCUACACGUUCUAUUGCAAUCUCCACUGUCUUAGGUUUGUACAGAGUGCCUAUGGUGAGUUAUUUUUCUACAUGUUCCUGCCUGAGUGACCGGCAAAAAUUUCCAUCCUUCUUUAGGACGAUCCCAAGUGAUGCUUUCCAGGUGCGUGCUAUGAUUCAGAUUCUAAAACACUUUGGCUGGACUUGGGCAGGUCUGCUCAUCAGUGAUAAUGAUUAUGGACUCCACGCUGCCCGAUCCUUUCAAACUGAUCUGAGUCCAUCUGGUGGAGGUUGUCUGGCUUACUUAGAGAUUUUGCCCGAGGGCGAUGAUCCAGCUGAACUAAGGAGGAUUGUGAAUGUGAUGAAGAAAUCCACAGCUCAUGUGGUCAUUGUGUUUGCACAUGAAGGUCACAUUAUUAACCUGAUGGAAGAGGUGGUGAGGCAGAAUGUGACAGGCCUGCAGUGGAUGGCCAGUGAAGCCUGGUCAUCAUCUGCUAUGCUCCAGACCCCCCACCUCAUGCCGUACCUGGGUGGAACACUGGGCAUUGCCAUCCGUCGAGGAGAAAUACCAGGACUCAGGGAAUUCAUGCUACAAAUACGUCCUGACCUACACCACAACAACAAUGGAAAUACAAUGGUAAAUCAGUUUUGGGAAUACACAUUUCAGUGUAGAUUUGCUCCACCUCCAGAAGGUUGGGUGGAAGCUGGAGGAGCAUUAUGCACUGGACAUGAAGAUCUAGAGAAUGUGGAGACUGAGUUUUUGGACAUUUUAAAUCUAAGACCAGAGUACAAUGUGUAUAAGGCUGUGUAUGCUCUGGCAUAUGCUCUUGAUGAAAUGCUACACUGCGAACCAGGGAGAGGGCCUUUCAACAGGAACAGCUGUGGUAAUUUACAAAGACUGGAGCCCUGGCAGCUUGUCUAUUACUUGGAAAAGGUCAACUUCACCACACCAUUUGGUGAUCAAGUGUCAGUUGAUGAAAAUGGUGAUGUCUUACCAAUCUAUGAUAUCAUGAACUGGCAGUGGCUCCCGGAUGGAAGAAUUAAAGUUCAGAAUGUGGGUGAAGUUAAGAAAUCUGCUUUAAAAGGUGAAGAACUCACACUUGAUGAAGAUAAAAUCUUCUGGAACUUUGAAUCCAAAGAGCCCCCCCGGUCAGUGUGCAGUGAGAGCUGUCCUCCUGGUACCCGCAUGGCCAGAAAGAGGGGCGAACCUGAAUGUUGUUUUGACUGCAUCCCUUGUUCUGAGGGAAAGAUCAGCAAUAAGACUGACUCCAUGGAGUGCACAAGUUGUCCAGAGGAUUUCUGGUCCAGCCCCCAGCGUGACCAUUGUCUUCCUAAGAAAAUAGACUUCCUCUCCUACCAUGAGCCUCUGGGAAUCUGCUUGACAGUCACCUCAUUGCUGGGCACAUUUAUCUGUGCUGUUGUCCUUGGGAUCUUUAUCUAUCAUCGCAGAACACCUAUAGUACGUGCCAACAAUUCUGAACUCAGUUUCCAGUUGUUGUUGUCACUUAAACUAUGUUUCCUGUGUUCACUGCUGUUUAUUGGCCACCCCAGACAUUGGACAUGCCAGCUGAGACAUGCAGCAUUUGGCAUCAGCUUUGUGCUUUGUGUCUCAUGCAUCCUGGUUAAAACCAUGGUGGUUCUGGCUGUGUUCAAGGCCUCCAAGCCAGGAGGUGAAGCCAGUCUGAAGUGGUUUGGUGCUUUGCAGCAGAGAGGGACAGUUCUGGUUCUUACUUCUAUUCAAGCCACAAUCUGUACUGCCUGGCUUGUCUCUUCCUCACCAGCACCUCAUAAAAACACCCAAUACCACAAUGACAAGAUAGUUUAUGAGUGUGUAGUUGGGUCAACAAUUGGUUUUGCAGUGUUACUGGGCUAUAUAGGAUUACUUGCUGUCCUCAGCUUCCUGUUAGCUUUUCUGGCAAGAAAUCUUCCAGACAACUUCAAUGAGGCCAAACUCAUCACUUUCAGCAUGCUGAUCUUCUGUGCUGUGUGGGUGGCCUUUGUCCCUGCUUAUAUCAGCUCACCAGGCAAAUAUGCAGAUGCAGUGGAGGUAUUUGCCAUCCUGGCUUCCAGUUUUGGCCUCUUGGUGGCGCUGUUUGGACCCAAAUGUUACAUAAUCCUCCUGAGACCAGAGAGAAACACAAAGAAAGCUAUCAUGGGUCGAGGAAACACAAAGUCAUAA